AUGAACUCCAAUACUGGCUCUCUCUUCGGAGGGGGCGGCCUUGGAACCACAACAACCCCACAAGCGAAUAGCCUUUUUGGCUCGACUGCCGCACCAAGCGCCUUUGGCAAUACCUCAACUGGACCUGCGCAAGCUACACAAAGCUCUUCUCUGUUUGGUCAGACCCAGACGCAGCAACAGCAGCCCGCCCAGCCAUCGAUUCUCGGACAAACCCAGCCAGCAAUCACCACUACACAGGCACAAGGGCUGACCUCCAACCAAGCAACUCAACCUGCCUUUUUCAACAGUCUUCUCGAACGUGGCAAAAAGCGGCCUUUGGCUGCUACAGGUGGACAAAAUGGUAACUUCGAAGAUGUUCCCAGCCUUCAACUGGGCUUGGAUGAUAUCCGAAGAAAAGCAAGAGAGUUGGGCUCAUCGGGAAGCAAAGAUUCUCAGCAGACUGGCACGUCAAGCAAGGCGCACUAUCUCCUCGCCUCAUCUGGUGUUUCCCCCGGCCGGGCGCUGCGAGACCUUAGGUCUCUAGAUCCGCAGGUCUCUCUGGCUACGGUCAGAGAGGUUGACAGCUUUGAUCCAGACAACCAAAGGUUCCUAAGAAAUAUCCAACAACGUGGUCGGCAGGUAAUGAUUGCAGAGAGUCUAUCUCGGGCUCAAAGGGAUUUUGAUACAUUCCUGGAAGAGAAGGUGGAUAUGGACUGGGAGGACCAACGUCGAAAGAUCUUCCAGCAUUUCGGACUUGCCCAGAAGGAGGGCUCUAACAGUGCAGACUUCAAGUCAACCACACGCGGAGCCUUUGGUCGAUCUGCUCGACAAUCCAGGCAGCAAGGCGCAAACUCUAACCAGGGCCCUGCAGCUAUGUCUCGUCGAAGUGUAUUUGGGCGUUCAGGACUUGAUAAAUCCGUCAUCGGAACUCCUGGAACUGGUCUUGCAAGUCGCCAGCUUUUUGACGACCCGGCAGAACGGGGCGAAGGACUUGCCGCUUCUUCUCCGGAUCUUCGUUUCUUGCGAGAAAAGAUGGGACAUUAUGCCGAAAAAGUUCAGCAACUGAAUACAACCCGUCUACAAAGACAGACCUAUCCUGUACUUCACCAGUUCUCAGAGGUGGAGGCGCAAACUGGUGGCGAUGCUCCACGUCAACUUUUUGAUGCGUACCAAGCGUUGGCACGAAUUGUCCAUGAGAAACCUGUCAUUUCCGGCGCUUCAGACCCUGGUGCUGUGCGAGAGCGUCAAUAUGCUCAGGAUUAUCUGGAGGAGUCAUCCAACUCUCGUGAGGCAACUAAACUCAAGAAACAGAUCCUUGAAGGCUCAAGGGGCUUCUUAGAGCAGUUAUUUUAUAACGAGGUGGAAGCUGUAGUUGCCAAAAACCCGCGUGAGGCACAGUUGGGUGGUAUUCCCAGUGUAAUCAACAAGAUUCGGGCAUAUAUUCGUCUUCGAGCGACGAGAAAAGACUUGGCUCCAGAUGGAACUGAACUGCAGAUGGUCGGUGACGAUUAUUGCUGGAUUCUCAUCUUCUAUCUGCUUCGAUGCGGAUUUGUCACUGAAGCCGCCGAGUAUGUCAGCCAAGAUCCCGGAUUCCGUUCCUUGGAUCACAAAUUUGUCACAUACAUGACAACCUAUGCGCAGAACAGACGCCUUCCCCGAGAUUUGCAACAAAAGAUCAACGGCGAGUACCAACAACGCUCGCGAAAUGCUCCUGAUAAUACCGUUGAUCCGUAUCGGAUGGCUUGUUACAAAGUGAUUGGCCGCUGUGACCUGUCCCGCCGUCGCUUGGACGGUGUUAACCAAAGUGUUGAAGAUUGGAUGUGGCUGCAGUUUAGCCUAGCCAGGGAGGAUGAUCGUGCCGAGGAAGUCGCCGGAGAUGUCUUUGGCCUUGAGGACAUCCAGACCGAUAUCACUGAGAUUGGACAGAGAGUGUUUGUCAAGGGCCAGGAGGGACCAGGUGGCUAUGGAACUUUCUUCCUUCUCCAGAUACUAGGAGGAAUGUUUGAACAAGCAAUUUCCUACCUAGGCAGUUAUGCGCCUGUUACUGCAGUUCAUUUUGCCAUUGCAUUGGCAUACUACGGUUUGCUGCGUGUGUCUGAUUUUUAUGUUUCCGGAGAAGAGAUUUUAUCUUUCACAGUGAAACAAUAUCCUCAAAUCAACUUUGGAUACCUCAUCACACAGUACACUCGAGAAUUCCGCACUGGAUACGUGGAGGCUGCAAUCGAUUACUUUACCCUGAUCUGUCUGAAUGCUGAUCUUCCAGGACAUCUGGGCAAGUCUCAAUCGUCAGUGUGCCACGAGGCUCUUCGGGAGUUUAUCCUGGAGACUAGGGACUUUGCCAAAUUGCUAGGUGAUAUGCGUGAGGAUGGUACAAGAAUCAAGGGUGUCAUUGAGCAACGUCUGGACUUGAUCAAGCUGGCGGACCAGCAGGACUUCCUCAAGAACAUCACUCUUCAAGCCGCCGGUGUUGCCGACGACAAGGGACUAAUCACUGACGCAGUGCUGUUGUACCAUCUGGCGGAGAAUUACGAUCGGGUCAUUGAUAUCAUCAACCGAGCCCUGUCCGAUGCGAUCGCGGUUGAACUUGGAGGGACUAUGCUCAAGCUACAGCCCCUGCGCCCACGCGUUGAUCAAGGCCAGGCAGACGCUGUGGAUCCUGCAAGUAGUCUUAGCCUGACGGCUGUGGAUGACCCCGUUGAGUUGGGAAAGACCAUGAUCAGCCUCUACAACUCAAAGCCAAUGUAUUACAACAACAUCCGCCAAAUAAACCGCGAUGCAUGUGGACUCCUCCUUCGCAUGACUACGGCGAAGGCCGAGGUCGAAGCUGGCAGAUGGGCGCCUGCACUUGAUUGUAUCAAUUCAUUGGGAGUUCUUCCAUUACAGGCCCAUGGUGUUGUGCAAAACAUUCGUAGCACCGCCCAAGCGUUCUCGGCCCUUCCCGAGAUCAUCACCCGUAACAUCGGGCAUGUCAUUAUGUGGAGCAUUGCUUGUAUUGGCAAUGAACGCCAUCGACAAAUCUCCGGGCCGUAUGAGACCAAUAUGCAUCAGGGAUUUGCGGAUCAGCUUCUGGUCAUGGCCAAGGAUCUGAUGGUCUUCUCUGGCAUGGUGAAGUAUAAGCUGCCACCGAAAGUGUAUGAGGCCUUGGCUCGCGCUGGGGCAGAGAUUGGGGCAUAUUGA